AUUUUAACUACAUUAAAAGUUCUUAUUAUUGGAGAAUCAGGUGUUGGUAAGAGUAGGUUUCUUUUACGAUUUAGUGAUAAUAUAUUUGAUGAAGAUAAGACAGCAACAAUUGGUGUUGAUUAUAAAGUUAAACAAUUAGAAAUCAAUGACAAUCGUGUUAAACUGACUAUUUGGGAUACAGCAGGACAAGAACGAUUUCGUACAUUAUCACUUGGCUAUUAUCGCGGUGCUCAAGGUGCAAUUCUUGUCUAUGAUAUCUGCGAUCGUCAGUCGUUUCGACAAUUGGAUCGGUUAUGGAUUUCAGAAUUAGAUACAUUUUCAACAAAAAUAAAUCCUAUUAAAAUGCUUGUUGGAAAUAAAAUUGAUCAAAAACAUAGUCGUGAGAUAACAUAUGAAGAAGGUGAUAGAUUUGCACGUAAACAUUCAAUGCUAUUCAUUGAAGCAUCAGCACGAACCAGUGAAGGAGUACAAAUUGCUUUUGAAGAACUUGUUGAAAAAAUCCUCGAAAUACCAUCAUUAUGGGAAAAAACUGAAGCAGCGAUUCGACGAACUGAUAAGAAUUAUUCAGAUAAUGUAUCAGCAAGAUGUUCUUGUUAA